GGUGUUCUUGCCCUGACCUUUUCUCCUUUGCCGGUUUAGUUCGUCCUGACUAGUUCUACUCUCUGCACCGUCCUGGAGCCAUGGCGAAGGUCUGCCUGAUCGUCAUCGAUGGGUGGGGUAUCCUGGACAAGACUGAAGGAAAUGCCAUCCAUAAUGCUGUCACCCCCGUCAUGGAUGGGUUUGCUGCGACCCAGGACAAGGGGAAGUACCUGACUUUAGCUGCCCAUGGUCUGAGUGUUGGGCUGCCUGAUGGACUGAUGGGGAACAGUGAGGUCGGCCAUCUGAACAUUGGAGCAGGCAGGGUGGUGUACCAGGACAUUGUUCGAAUCAACCUGGCAAUGGAGUCCAAGGCAGUGAAUCAGAAUGAGACACUGGUGAAAGCCUUUGAGAGAGCAAAGGCAGGGAAUGGCAGGCUGCACUUUCUUGGAUUGGUGAGUGAUGGAGGAGUCCACUCCCACAUUAAACACCUGUUUGGUCUGCUGGAGGCUGCCAAGGAACACAACGUCCCCAACUCUUACAUCCAGUUCUUCAGCGAUGGCAGAGAUACCAGCCCUACAAGUGGAGUUGGUUUUGUAAAGCAGGUUCUGGAGAAGCUGGAGGAGUUGAAGUAUGGGAAGCUGGGUACCGUGGUGGGGAGGUACUAUGCCAUGGACAGGGACAAGCGCUGGGAACGCAUCCAGCUGGCACACGAGGGUCUGGUACAGGGGAUCGGCGAGAAGGCCACCAAGGACACCGUCCUGGAUGUGGUGAAGGCUCGUUACGAGGCUGGGGAGACAGACGAGUUCUUGAAGCCAAUAGUUCUAGAUGACGAUGCUCGUGUCCAAGAUAACGACACCCUGGUGUUUAUUGACUUCCGUGCUGACCGCAUGAGGCAGAUCGUGGAGACAUUCGGCAUCAAGCCACCCUUUGACGUGUCUGUCAUCCCCAAGGACAUAGGAGUCUACAGUUUAACCAAGUACAAGGAGGACUUUCCCUUCCCUGCGUUGUUCCCUCCUCAACGUAUGGACAACGUGUUAGCCGAGUGGCUGGCCAAGAAGAACACCCCACAGUACCACUGCGCAGAGACAGAGAAGUAUGCCCAUGUGACCUUCUUCUUCAACGGAGGACAGGAGGUACAGUUUGACAAGGAGGAGCGAUGCCUCGUGCCCUCCCCCAAGGUCGCGACCUAUGACCUUCAGCCUGAGAUGAGUUGCGCUGGGGUAGCAGAUAAGAUGGUAGAAACCAUUGCAGGUGGAAAGUACCCAUUCGUGAUGUGUAACUUUGCCCCUCCUGACAUGGUAGGACACACGGGGAAGUAUGAGCCGGCUGUUAAAGCCUGCACAGCCACAGAUGUAGCCAUUGGACGCAUUGACAAAGCAUGUCAGGAGCACGGUUACGUCCUGCUGGUCACUGCAGACCAUGGAAACGCUGAACAGAUGUACGACGAGAACGGAAAGCCGUUCACCGCACACACCUGCAAUAGAGUGCCAUUUGCCAUGUCUGGUGGUACAGCAGAAUUUAAGAAGCCUGAGCACAAUGCAGCCAUAUGUGAUGUGGCACCAACUGUACUGGACCUGAUGGGACUGGACAUCCCAGCUGAGAUGACCGGUCAAUCACUACUCAAGAAGUAACUCAUCCAGGGAAAUAUGUUAACAUAAUCGUAAGGCAACACCAAUACAGUUCCUUGGUUCUCACACAUUUUAAGGUGAAAAUAUAGCAAGCUGACGUCAGAAAAGCAGAGGGCAGAGAUGAAAACAAAACCCUCAAGCUGUUUUUCCAGUUCAGCAUAUUUUUCAGCAGUCCGAGAACCAGAAUUAAAUUGGUGUGGCCUAAAUUAAGUUUCCCAAGUAUUUUAGAUAAAAAGAGGAUUUAUAUCUAUUGAAAGCUAUAGAAUCUUGAAUAAAUGAUUGUUAAACUAUACGAACAGGCAUGGUGCUUCACCCCAGUACAUGUAUGUAACAUUGAGACAGCUAAGCUCUUUGUAAGUAGCAACCACUGUAAGAGAGGAACUGUAAAAUGUGUGCUGGCACUUCAGUGACUAGAAUUGAAGAUCAAAAUGUUGUUCACAUUUGUAUAAAAUACAACUGGAAUGGUAUACUGAACAACUCACUACAGUUUGUUUUUGUAUAUGUUUGUGCAAAAUGUGACUUUGAAACGUAAAGAUCUUUGUGAUGUUUUGACAUCUAAGAGCAGAAGUUGUACGAAGAAGGUAUGCUUUUAUUGCAGUUUGUAACCAUUGCUGUGUACCUGUUACUAUUGGAGUGUUAGUUUUGCAGAGCCAAAAAAAUAGAAGUUGGUA